GCACACGCUAUACUACAUCGCGCAAGCAAGCAGCGACGAAGCGAAGCGAGGAGUUUACCAGGGAGAAGAGGGUACGCCUUGCAAAGUCUCGCCGCGCGGUCCCGAGGACGGGAGAGCCAAGCAGGGCACAGGAUUCCGAUAUUCGGCGUGUUUCUCUCGGAGGACAGAGCGCUCUCUGAAAGAGAAAUAGGGGAGGGGCAAAGAGAGAAAAGAGAGGACGCAAGCAGCAGGGAACAUUUCAAAAAUCGCCACCAAACACAGAGACACACGCUGCAGGCCCGGCACUGGGCAGAGAUCGGACGGCAGGGACCACCGGGAGAGCGGGGCAAGGCAGGGUAGGAGGUCUUAGCCCAAAGCUGCGGCUUCUUUUAACGAGGCGCUAGCAGCACAAAUGUCUGGCGCACAGGGGGGAGAAGGCGCCGGGCCCAUAGGGGAGGGCGCACCGAGCGCAAACGGGGACCGGGAUUCUGUGGACGAUGUGAUCGAGAGGUUGCUUUCUGUGCGAGGGGCACGGCCAGGGAAGCAGGUGCAGCUGCUGGAGACGGAGAUCAAGAUGCUUUGCGUCAAGGCGAGGGAUAUUUUCAUGCAGCAGCCCAUCCUCCUGGAGCUUGAGGCGCCCAUCAAGAUAUGUGGUGAUAUUCAUGGCCAGUACUACGACCUGCUGCGGCUGUUUGAGUACGGGGGUUUCCCGCCGGAGGCCAACUAUCUUUUCCUAGGGGACUACGUUGACAGGGGCAAGCAAAGCCUGGAGACCAUCUGCCUGCUGCUAGCGUACAAGAUUAAGUACCCGGAGAAUUUCUUUGUCCUCCGCGGCAACCACGAGUGUGCUUCUAUCAACAGGAUCUACGGCUUCUACGACGAAUGCAAGCGCCGUUACAACAUCAAGCUCUGGAAAACGUUCACGGACUGCUUCAACUGCCUCCCGGUAGCCGCUAUCGUGGACGAAAAAAUCUUCUGCAUGCACGGCGGCCUGAGCCCGGAGCUCAACGACAUGGACCAGAUCAAGCGCGUGCUGCGCCCGACGGACGUGCCCGACACCGGUUUAUUGUGUGACCUGCUGUGGUCGGAUCCUGACCGCGACAUAAUCGGGUGGGGAGAGAACGACAGAGGUGUUUCAUUCACCUUUGGGGAGGACAUCGUCGUGCAGUUCCUCAGGAGACAUGAUCUAGAUCUCAUCUGCAGGGCCCACCAGGUAGUGGAGGAUGGUUACGAGUUCUUUGCGCGGCGCCACCUAGUGACCCUGUUCUCGGCGCCUAACUACUGCGGGGAGUUUGACAACGCUGGGGCCAUGAUGAGCGUGGACGACACACUCAUGUGCUCUUUCCAGGCAAAUCCUCAAGCCGGCAGAAAAAAGACAACGAUUCAAUUACGCGGGGGUGAACCAGCAGGGGGGCGCGGCGCCAGGAACGUCACGGCCCGUCACCCCCCCUAGGGGGCCCGUGAACCCCGGCGGGAGGCGCUGACUUUGACCGACUCUCUUGACCGGGGGGGAAGGGGGGGGGGGGGGGGGNGGGGGGGGGGGGGGGGGGGGGGGGGGGGGGGGGGGGGGGGGGGGGGGGGGGGUCGAGGAAACCGAAAAUUCGGCGUGAUGGAGGUCCGACCGAGAGGUGCAGAUUGGAGAAGUUUCAGUCAGAGGUGAUGAUGCUGCGGUGAACUCUGGACUGGACUGGACUGGACUGGACUGAAGCCAUCUUAAUCUUGUAUUGAUAUUGGGUUGGAUGAGAGAGAGGAAGGAGAGUGUAGCUGGACCGUUUGGGUUCGGUGCGGUUUUGGGCUUGAUGCUGUCGUUGUCGUCAUCGUUGUUACGGGUAGACGACGCUGGCCGCAGGAACAAGCGGAAAGGAGGCAUUCGAAAGGGGGGGUUAUCAUGCCGUGUGAUAUCGCAGGCAGGCGUGAGUGACCAGGGCAUGGAAGAAAGAAGAGCACUAGAUGCUGGUUGUCGCGAGGUAGGCAAAGACGGGCGAGAGACGGAAUUGACUGGCUUGUGCCGGGGCACGUUCAGACGCUUUAAGGCUGUGUGUGGCGCGCGCCCGUGGUUUGAUUUGGUUGACGUUUUCACGAAAGGCGGCUGUGACCCCCCUGCUGCUGCUGCUGCUGCUUCUGCUGCAAUUGCGUUUGCGAGCGAGAAGUGUAUGUUCUUUUUUCUUUUUUGCAUGUUGUCGUUGUGAUGGCGCUAGCAUUCUUGAAGUGUUGGAUAACGUGUGUGAAGUAAAUUCGGCAGGUGUUCGUUUACUUUUCGUGGGUAAACUGGUGCGAACGAACGAAAGAAUGCACGCACGCACGCACGCACGCACGCCUCCAGCAGCAUUGACGCCUCCUCAUAUUUUAGCGCAGUCGCGUGGAGUGGCUUCAUCAAGGUCUUGGACCCGAUAGUUCUCCACCAUCUUGCUUUCGCUUGCUUUUCCCUCUUGGCCUUGGGCGCGAAGGCCGGCCGGCCGGCCAGCCUGCCUAGUGAGAAAUUUUGUGCGGGGUUUGGAUGGGGGGUGGGGGGCGGGGUCCCGGGCCGGCUUUCCUGCAACGUUGUUGGAUUAUUUACGCACGUACGUGUCUUUUUUUUUUCGUUUCUGUGUGCGUUCUAUCUUGGUUUGCACCUCGGCCGCCGUCUGUAUCGGCCGUCUUGGCAUGGAGGAUCGAGGGAAGACUGUCGGUCGGCAUAGCGAGGGGUGAUGGGAGCUCGAGGAAGGGAAGCGAAGAUGAAGACAUUGUCAUGUCUUGUCUUUGGUUCAUUUGUUUUGGGAAACGUGCGGCUCAUGACGAUGCCGAACAAGAUGGAGGGAGGCGUGUUUGUUUCCCCCACCAGGGCAAACGUACAGCAGCAGCUCCCGGUUGUCUCAAAUCCAUUUACGGGUAAACGGCAGAAUAAGAGACGGAACUGGCUGCUCGCUGUUUGUCCUCCCGCCCCCCGCCCCCACCCCCCACGCGCAUCCCUACAUCUCUCCACCAUCUUGCCCACCCCAGCGUCCAUGACGUGGUACGGAGGCGAUCACAACACAGCAAUAGCAGCAGAGUUUUGUUUGAAUCUUGCUUGCGACUUGACCCGUUCAUUUAUUCGAUGUGUUGGGGGAAGGGGAGGUGUCGGAAUCAAACGGAGAACAUGGUGUAGAAGCACGCUAGCAGACAAAGGAGGCUUUCAGCGUGAGGAGCCGCUGCUAGGCUGGCUGCUAAUAGGUGCAUCGCACUAGAUCGGUUUUAUCGGCGGGUUCUACAUACGCGGUUAGUCGUUAGUCGCAACGCGUAACCUGACUGCUACAGCAGUGGCUGGGUCAGGGAGACGCGCGCGUACGUACUCACGAGGGGCAAAGGGGGGUGCUUCAGUUGUCCCAAAAGGUCUAGUCUAGCUGGUAGUUGGUUGUAUCGUAUUUAGUGCGUUGAUGUCAAACUGAGUGUGUAGCAUAGCGGUUUGGUUCUUGGGGUGGGUGUGGUCGAAACUGUUCCAAGCUAAAAGCCGCGGCGGCUAUUUUUUUCGGGUAAGUUGCGACUGCUCCGUGAAAACUUUUCCGUUCGGGCGUUUUUGCUGCUGGUGCUUGCUACUCGACACUCGCCGGAGGAAUUGAUUGCCCAGCAAUCUUGAAAGACCGUAUUUUUGUAUCUGAUGCGCAAGCGUUAUUACUCGGUUCGUCAGCUGUGUGCAAAAAUACAAUGGGGGGGGGGUGACACAAAAACCCGGGCUUUUUCGGCAUGGGAAAAGUGGACGUGUCUCUAGAAAACACCGGCGUCGUGGAAAGACGCUGCGAAGCAAGAUAAGUCGUGCCGCAAAGUUGGUUGUCGUGUCGCUUGCUUUCUCUUGUUCUUUGGGGAUCUUUUUUUAUAGGAAAGGCGAGGGUGGAGCGGGACGGAGAGAAGGGGGUCACUCGACUCGUACUAAUGCUGUGCUGGGGGGGCUUCUUUCUAGCUUUCUGUGUUACGAUGCUCUAAACAUGACUAACCCUCACUUGUUUUCGUUGAUUCUACAGUACGCAUCAUAAAGUACUUGUGAUAAACCCGCAUGUUAGCCCUCUGCUAAAUAGAAAUAAUUGGGCACGGUGUGGCCAUGGACGGAUGGUGUGAUUGUGUCUGCUGCCCGUCAACCCUUUCGGGAGAAUGCCCGUCAACCGACAGAGAGGCACUACCCUUAAUCGUAUCACUGUGCCAUGCACGAGAAUAGUCCGUGCAAAAGUAAGA